AUGGAUGAAACACAGGAACCUCUAGCCUUGACUGUGCAUCUUCUUGCCGACACUGGGAACGGCUUACUUCUGCAGCAGGCUUUGGACCAACUCCUGGAUUGUAUCUGCCCAGAGGUGCGUCUCUUCCUGGUGUCUGAGCGGGCGAGACCAAUGAAUUCCCAUGAGAAGUACCACCCACGGAGGGCCCGCUUCCCAGGGAUGUCUGUUUUGCUCUUUCUUCAGGAAAGCCUGGGACAGGAACGGUUGUUUCGAGUCUUGGACUUCCUACAGCAUUCACCCUGGCAGGGAUUCCGUACCCAGCAUGCACAGGGGAGGCCUUGUCCUUACUUCCCUGCCAAUCAGGAAUUCUACAGUCUGCACAACCAGAUGCCAGUGUGGGGCAUGAGGCCGGUGCAUUGUGGCACUGAUAUCCUCAGGGUGACUCUGUACUGCAGUUUUGAUAACUAUGAAGAUGCCAUCAGACUCUAUGAGAUGCUCCUACAGAGAGACGCCACUGUGCAAAAGAGCGACUUCUGUUUCUUUGUCCUCUAUGCCACCGAGGGCUUCAGCCUGCAGCUCUCUUUGAAGCAGCUGCCCCCGGGAAUGUCAGUAGACCCCAGAGAGUCUUCUGUGCUGCAGUUCAGGGUUCAAGAGAUCGGCCAGCUGGUGCCUCUUCUACCCAAUCCGUGUGUUCCCAUCAGCAGCACAAGGUGGCAGACUCAGGACUAUGAUGGCAACAAGAUUCUGCUGCAGGUCCAGCCGAAGCCAGGACUUGGCAUCAAAAAUGGUGAACAUCCCUUCCUGAACGGCUGCUUGAGAGGUGGCACGCAUCCACGGGACUCCGGGAUGAACUCCAUCUCUACACAGAGAACCUUGGAGACAAGGAACCGGAGGAGGAGCAGGAGCUGGAGGUUCAAAGUACAUUCACUGGAGUUUCCACAACCCAGUGGGUCAUGGGAAAACUCUAGUGAGCCUUUGUGGAGAAGACCUGGCUGGUCCACCCUGGCAGAUAGCUCUGCCUCAGGCAUGCAGCAGCGCCGAAUGUCUAACCCCAUUGAACCCAAGACAGGAAUGGAUGCUUUUAGAGAAAAUGACUUUGAGAAACUCGAGGCAGAGACGAAUGUCGACACGGGCUUCACCAUCCUUAAUUCCGAGCCCAGGCAGUCUUUUCUGAGCAGAUUUCCCAGGGAUUUUCAGAGCAGCCAACCAGCAGGCUGCUUGCCAGGCUCUUCCUUAGAGGUAACUGCUUCCCCAAACCAAGGAGUCUUUAAGGAUAGACUCCGCCCUUUGUCACUUCCUGGUCAAAGGGACUUUGGUGCCAAGAAGGUCAUCUCAAAAUGUGCCCAUCAUCUGCCAGUCCAGGGUGAAGAGAAAGAAGAAUUCUUUAUAUAA